CGCCGCGCCAACCCAAAUUCUCCGGCAACCCAGACAGCUUCGUCCACUGGUGCGUCGACGACACCGCCGAUUUCUACGACUACAUCGUCGACCACCACUGCAACGGGCUCCUCCUCCUAGCUUCCUCAAUGGGUAGUCAACCCUGCCACGGGGUGGUGGACCGAUCUGCCCGCGAGCCCGGCCAAGGAAGAACUACCAAGAAAUCAUGGCGUGUGGUACUACGACCGGUUCCUGGUCUACGAUCCGACGGUGUCGCCGGAGUUCGAGGUGUUGAUGGUCCCGUGCUUGAUGCUGACGGACAUGGACGACGAUGCACACGACAAGCUUGUGACGAUGGGGAUGGAGGGGCUCCAGUGGCCGCCGUCUCCGUGCAAGAUGCAUGUGUUCUCGUCGAGGUCGGGUCGCUGGGAGGAGAGGUCUUUCGUCCGACAAGGGGGCGCCACCGGGACCCUUGAGAAGCUGCGGGUGGGCUGGUCGCGUUGCGCUGCCGCCUAUCUGCGAGGGACGCUUUAUAUACAUUGCAUGGCUGAUCAUAUCAUGAGGAUAUCCUUUGCCAAUAAUCGUAUCGUGUAAUCAAGACACCGGUGGAUACUAGGGGGAAGGAGGGCUAUAUACAACUUGAUAUGGGAAGAUCCGAAAAAGGAGUGUACUUUACAUGGAUUUGUGAAGGCUGGCUUCGGGUUUGGAUCCUUAAGGAGUGCUGUGGUGAGGUUGAGUGGAUUUUGAAGCAUGAAAAUGACCUCAAGCCCAUGCUAGAGCCAUACUUGUCAGACCGCCCGCUUCACGGUCAUGGUCCUUGGGUUUUAGAAGAUAUUAACUAUAACUUAUUUCGUUUUCCUGAAGACGACAAGAAAACGAUGGCUCAAGAGAAGUUAGAGUGGGAGCAGGACAAUGGGUACGAUGGUGUUGGAAGUGAAGACAUGGAUGAAAAUUUCUUCUUGGAGGAAAACGAGAACCAGGACAUUGAUCACGAUGGUGUUAUAAGUGAAGACGUGGUUGAAAAUUUCUACUUGGAAGACAAUGAGAACUGGGACACCGGUCAUGAUGGUGUUAAGAGCGAAGGCAUGGUUGAAGAUAUCUACUCGGAAGACAAAGAGAAAGCAAUAGUUGUGGAAAAUAUCAAUAUGAACUUUGCCAAUGAUGGCGCACUUGGAAACGGAUGCAUGGUUGAAGAUUGUUGCUUAUUGGAUGACAUGGAGAAAGUGACAUUCCAAAAAAAGUCUGAAUGGAACUCCAACAACGAUAAUUCUCUUGACGAUGGAGAUCGCAAAGCCAAAGAGUACUUCUACGGGGAUACGAAGAUACUCGGGUUCCACCCAUUUAAAGAGAUUAUCUUCUUGAGCGAAUCGUUCCAGACGGGACUAGCCUAUCACUUGAAUGGCUCGGAGAUGGAAGUAUUGGGAAACAUAUACCCCAAGGAGUAUGCUAGUUUCAAAGAGUUGGCUAAUGAACAUGAGAGCUUCCAUUCUUCUUUCGUGUACAUGCCAUGCCGAAUCGACGAGUUCCGCGAUGGUCGUUGAUGAUCAUCUCAGAUAUUCGAGCAACGGAAGAAUUCGUUUGCACACGCGAUGUUGAGUAAGUAGGUCGAUUUCUCCCAGAAAAUAUACACAGUUAUUUUAGGAUCAGAGUGAGUACGUACUAUUACUGCUAGUGGCCGCAUUAUUUAAAUCAUGCUGCCAUAGGAAUAUUUAUUCUUGUCUGUUUGGAUCAAACCUGUGGCCGAAUCGAUCGAUUCCACUCUAUAUACA